AGUAACUAUUAAAUUCUCUUGUGUUAGUUUAAACAGAAAAAAAAAACAUUUUCAUCCAUGGUAAAAUGGUAAAGUCUUACAUUGAGGUUGCAUUGAAUUUUAACAUAAAAUUCCGGUAGCUGAUUAAGAAACGGAAUGUCGGGACAAAACCGGGACAUUUUAUAAAUCGGUACAGAUAUCGGAACAGGGUCUAAAUGUCGGGACUGUCCCGGCGAAAUCGGGACGUCUGGCAGCCAUAGAAUGCAUAUAGUGUACCUUAUACAAUAUACAUACAUGUAUACAAAUACAUAUACAUACUUCCAUACCUAUUUAUAUUUACCUAUACACAAAAAACAUACAAUAAUAUCUUUGAAACAUCUUUUUUUCCAGACGAUAAUGGGUUUUUUAAAGUAUACAUUUGCGUUGCAGAUAAUGUUGUUGUUGGAAUCCAAUUUUUUUGUUUGUGGACAAAACAAUGCAAAUGGUGCUGAGCCCGAGUUUCUGUCCGAAAUGUUUAACAUUACAGUGCCGCAAGGCCGAGACGUUUCCUUCAUUUGCAUUGUUAACAAUUUAGCUCAAUAUCGAGUAGCGUGGAUUAAAUCUGAUUCAAAAGCAAUACUUGGGAUACAUACACACAUGGUCUCUCUGAAUCCAAGAUUAUCCGUAACCCAUAAUGGACACAAUACAUGGAAGCUUUUAAUAACUCACGUUCAGUUAAACGAUUCCGGUAGUUAUAUGUGUCAAUUGAAUACAGAUCCCAUGAAGAGUUUGUCUGCUUAUUUGGAGGUUGUGGUUCCUCCUGAUAUUCUCAAUCAGCCUGGACCGGAAGACACGUUUUUGGGAAUCAGCAAUGAAGGUGGAACGAUACAAUUAGUUUGUAAUGCGACAGGAGUUCCGGAACCAACUGUAGUAUGGAGACGUGAAGGGGGGAAGAAUAUUGUUUUGCGAUCAGAAAAUAAGGAAAAGCGAGUUCUAAAGUCAGUUGAAGGGGCAAGUUUAACCCUUACCAAUGUUCAGCGCACGGACAUGGGUGGCUACUUGUGCAUAGCUUCGAAUGGAGUCCCACCAUCUGUCAGCAAAAGAUUUGAUGUCUACGUGCAUUUUCCACCUUCGAUCAAAACAUUAAACCAAUUAGUUGCAGCUCCAAUCGGAAGUCAAGUUACACUGGAAUGUUUUUCUGAAGUAUUUCCAAAACCAUUGAACGGAUGGUACAAAGACCAGGAACUAUUAAAGGACACCGAUAGUCAUAAAUAUAACGUGUCAGAAGUAAUGAUCAAUCCAUACACUUGGCAAAUGAAUUUGACAAUUUACCAGCUAACGAAAGCAGACUUCGGCCCUUACAUUUGUUCUAGUGUAAAUGCUCUUGGAAAAAACGAAGCUAGAAUAAGGUUCCAAGAGCUCCGUCUUCCGAAGCCGAAAACAACAACAGUCACAAAAGUCACCUCUACAGUUAAAACAAUUCGGAAGCAGAACUUGAGCUACAAUAAAGACAUUAACGAAGUGUUCCGACCGAAGCACAUUAAUGUUAUUAAUUAUGUGCUGGAAAACAAUACUGAUGAAAGUUUCAAUAAUGAGGGUGCUGUAUCUCAAAUUUCAACCGUGUAUGAGCAUGAAAAUACACGCAACUCGCAUUCAUCAGCAAUAGUGCCUUCAUCAAGAUCACCACGACUAAUAAGUAAUGGAACUAAAGGUCAACGAGUCAACGCUUUCUUAACAAUAUAUGUACACUUUUAUUUUAUAUUCAUAUUUUUAUUUUUUUUAUUUGACUGAACAUAAUUUUCUGAUUAAGGUUCUCAUCUAUUAUAUUCCACAAGCACGCGUCGACAAUAUUACAUUAAAUAAGAGUAAUAGGUAAAUUAUAUGUAGUUCCAUUUAUAGAUUCCGUUUAAUGUUCAAAUCUAGUUCGUUCUGAAAAAAAAAAAAAAAAAAACAAAA